AAACUAGAAACUAGAGAGAGAGAACACUGUCAACUGUUAAACCCUCGAACUCCAACAUUCAUGGCGUAAAGGAGGUUAAUAUACACGAGAAUAGAAAACUUAGUAAUUGUAGCAAAACCGAUAAUAUGGCAAAGUUUGAUUUAACUCCGAAAAUGGGCCAAUAUUUGGAUAGGCACUUAGUCUUUCCUUUAUUGGAGUUUUUAUCAGCUAAAGGGAUCUACAAUGAAACCGAACUAUUGAAGGCCAAACUAGACAUUUUGAGUAAAACAAAUAUGAUUGAUUAUGCUAUCGACAUAAGGAAGCAGUUGUUUCCAGAUGAGGAAGUUCCAGAAGACUUGAAACAGAGACGUAUUCACGUUGUUGCUCAAUUACAGGAGCUUCAACAAGAAGUCGAACCUAUCAUUCAAAUAAUGGCUGAUGAAGAAGUUAUGAAAAAUAUGGAAAAUAUGAGAGAUUCUAAAACUCUCAUCAACUUCCUGUCCAAGGAUUACAAGUUCGAAAUUGACAUGAUCGAUAGUCUUCACAAAUUAGCUAAGUAUCGUUAUGAAUGUGGUAACUAUUCAGUAUCAACAUCAUAUUUGUAUUUCUGUAUGCUUGUUCUGCCUCAAAAUGACAAAAACUACCUGAGUGCUUUAUGGGGCAAAUUUGCGUCUGAAAUUCUUUAUCAGAAUUGGGAUUCUGCUCUGGAAGAUCUCAAUAAGCUACGAGAAUACAUAGAUUCCAGCCCCAACCAGUUUGGAGGAAACAGCUUACAGCUCUUGCAACAGAGAACUUGGUUAAUACAUUGGUCCCUCUUUGUAUUCUUCAACCACGCCAUGGGGAGGGAACUUAUUAUAGAAAUGUUCCUUUAUAGGCCACAUUAUCUCAAUGCCAUUCAGACAAUGUGCCCUCACAUCUUGAGAUACUUGGCAACUGCUGUAAUAAUCAACCGUGGGAGGAGAUCUGCCCUGAAAGAUCUGGUUAAAGUUAUCCAGCAAGAAAGUUACACAUAUCGGUAA